AUGGCUUUGAGCCAACUGAAAAAGCAAAUGUUGCAUUCCCCAACCAUCCAUUCUCUAUUUCAUCCUUCCGACAAUAUCACUCCUUUUCCUCUGCAGGGUGAGGUAGCGAAGGCUGUCAUCUGCUUCGACAUCGCCUGCCACCUGAUGGGAAACACGGCAGUGGAUGCGCGCAAGGCAGCCAAGUUGAGCGGCAUGUCUCCACCUGCGUACGCCCGGGCGCGAGCAGCCAUUCAGAACGCUCUAGGCGUCAGCCAUGGCGUUUGUCAUGCCACCAGGUCGCAGUUGAGCCUAUCCCAGUUGGCCCUUCAGUUUGGGUGCAUGCGAGUGCUGGAGUCCACUCUGCGCAACCUGCACAUCUUCACCGCCCGCUUCACCGCCGCCCUUCCAGAAGCACGGAGGGGCGGCACUGACUUCUCCCGGCCGGCAUACAUGGCAGCAGCGCUCAUGCUCACUGCCACACGCAACCAACUGAAGAUGGAUAUAGACAGGCUGCUGGAAGCCACACGUGUGGGCAAGGACGAGUUUCAGCAGGUGGUGGCAUGCAUGGAAACCCACUGCACGGACCUGUUUGGGUCGUCCCACAGCUGCCCUACACCCAGCAAGGCACAGGAGGAGUCUGUGCCACGCCAGCACCCACCAGUCCAGCUUCAGCAGCAGCAGCAGCAGCAGCAGCACCAGCACCAGCACCAGCACCAGCACCAGCACCAGCACCAGCACCAGCACCAGCACCAGCACCAGCACCAGCAGCAUCAACAGCAGCAGCACCAUCAACAGCAGCAGCCGCAUCAACCACUGCAGCAGCGGCAGGAUCAGCCGCAGCAGCAACGGCAGUGGCAGCAACAGGAGCAGCAGCGUAAUACGAUGCAUGAGGCUUCAAGUAGGUCAUUCGGAGAGCCACCGUGCAACGCUUCACAUAAUGCAGCAAGAGGUGACGUUGCAGGGAGAGGUGAAGUUGCAGCAAGAGCUGAAGGGACCUGCAGGGCAGCAGAACAGGGUGGAUCUCUGCCUGCCAGGCACGCCCAGAAGGAGUUCAAACAUGCUGCUAACGUGGCACACCUGCACCAGCAACCGCAGCACCAGCAGCAGCAGCUGCAGCAGCAUGUUGCUGCCGCUGAGGUGGCAGAGCAGCAGCCAAGCCCUACCCCAGCUAACAUGGCCCAGCGACAACAGGGGGCUGUCAGCAAGAGCAACAGCAGCACCAUUCUGUUGCCCCAAGCCAAGCUCACACUCUUGAAACGACCCUCAGGCCCUUCAGGCAAGCUGUGUCAGGCGAAGCUGCAAUUUAAACGUGUCAAGACCACAGCUGCUUAG